AGGUCUGGCCUGUAUUACAAAAAAGUACGGCCAAACAUGGCCAAUGUUACUAUUCCAGAGACUACGCUCAACACAAGCGGCAAACCGAUCCCGCUUCUUGGCUUCGGAACAGCCGAGUUCCCGUUUGGCUCCUCUGACAACGUGAAGGAACACCUUCUCCAAGCGAUCCAAUUGGGUUACCGGCACUUCGACUCAGCCUCGAUUUACCUGUCCGAGCAGCCCCUUGGAGAAGCCAUGGCCGAUGCUCUCGAGGUCGGCCUCCUAAACUCGAGGGACGAGCUGUUCAUCACCACGAAGCUCUGGUGCAGCGAUGCGCAUGGCGACCGCGUUGUCCCUGCGCUCCAGAGAUCCCUCAAGAAUCUCAGGCUCGAGUAUGUGGACCUGUAUCUGGUACAUUUUCCGUUGAGCUCGAAGCCAGGAGAGUGUGAGAUUCCAGUGAAGGAGGAUCUGCUUCAGUUUGAUUAUGAGGGUGUGUGGAAAGCCAUGGAAGAGUGCCAGAAGCAGGGCCUGGCCAAAAACAUAGGAGUGAGCAAUUUUUCAAGCAAAAAGCUUGAGAAGUUACUGAGCAUCGCUGAGAUUGCUCCCGCAGUCAACCAAGUGGAGAUGAACCCUCUGUGGCAGCAACAAAAGCUAAGAGAAUUUUGCAAGGAAAAGGGAAUACACAUCACUGCUUACUCUCCUCUAGGUGCCAAAGGAACACUUUGGGGGACCAACAGAGUGAUGGAAGCCGAGGUGCUCCAAGAGAUUGGCAAAGCCAAAGGAAGGACACUUGCCCAGGUUUGUUUAAGGUGGGCAUAUGAACAAGGAGUUAGUGUGCUAGUGAAAAGCUUCAACAAAGAGAGGAUGAAAGAGAACCUCGACAUAUUCGACUGGAGCUUGAGCCUUGAAGAAUUGAACAAAAUUAGUCAAAUUUCACAAAAGAAAGGAUACGCCGGACUUCAAUUUGUGUCCCCAAAUGGUCCUUACAGGUCACCUGAAGAGUUCUGGGACGAGGAGAUUUGAUCAAGAACCAUUAAUUGCUUCAUUUAGUCCAUUCAACUUGAGACUUAUUGAAUGAAUUAUCUAUCCCAAGAUAGUUGAGCCUUAAUCCUAAAGGAACGCUAGUCCCUUCUAUUUUCCAGUGCUCAUCCGUCAUUGAGCAGUGCAAUGAAAGGUGAUUCAAACUGUAAUAGAGAGGUGUUUUAAAAUGUAUACAUGACUAAUAAUUAUUUGACAGCACCAGUCAAAUAAUUUUUAUCAUAAUAUUCGUAA